AUGCUUCCACUCAAUGUUUUGAUGGCGACUUUGGCCCUGGUGGCCUCUGUCAGCGCCAGGGUUAUCUCCCAGCCAACUGAGUACUCUCAGAGUUGGGAUUUCUCCUUGGGUCCACUCACUAUCGAAGAAGGCGCCUACCUCAGAAUCAACAACAACACCCUCACCACCAUUGGAGGAAACCUCGACAACAGGGGUGGCUUCUUCAUUUCUUCCAGCGACACGUUCCAGUCGGCUGUUGAUAUCACUUCUGGAAGAAUCACAAACUCGGGUGAUCUUGCUUUCAGAGCAGAAAACCCAAACUUUGCUUCCAGAUACAUUCUCAACAGUGUCGCAAGCUUCGAGAAUACCGGUAACAUGUGGUUCCAGAUUUCCCAGGCAACGUCCACCUCUCCUUUCACGGUGACGUCUAUGGCCAGCUGGAAUAACACCGGUUUGAUGUCCUUCAGCCAGGCUGAUGGUUCUCCAUCUCGUGUGAGAUUGAACCAGGCUGCUGGAAGUAGCGGCUUUAACGUUAUCGAAAACACAGGUAACAUCUGUCUUGAGGGCACUGAGUGGGUUCAGUCUUCCAACGUUCGUGGUAAUGGUUGUGUCAACGCUCUCACCCGUGGUGAGAUCAGGUUGCAAACUGCUGUUGGUAACACCAUUUACAACUUUGCCAGAGAGCAGGCCAUUUGGUUGGAGGACACCACUUCCAGAUUGUCAGUGGUUGGCUUGUCUGCUGGUAACAACAACCAUGGCAACAAGCACAAGGGUAAGAAGAACAAGAGCAGAAAGAAGAACAAGCACGGCAGUGGCACCACUUCUAACCCCAACAAUGUUCCAGUUAUUGACGUUUACGGUUUUGGUAACGCCAACAUUAUCAGCGUGAACUUGGGCUUCACUGGAUACAAUUACGAGUCUUCCACUGGUCUCUUGAGAUUGUACUUCAACACCCACUUUGGUAUUACCUUUGACAUCGGACCUGGUUACACAACUUUCAACACCAAUUCGAAUGCUGGAACUGCCACUGAGAUCUGGGCCAACUACCCACCACCAAACGGUAAGCCAGAUAGAUGUAGCUGCAAAGAGAUGCCAGAGUUUCCCAACGGAGGCGGUGACUCAGAGGAGCCCUCGGAAACCUCCAGCGAGGUAACUGAGACAUCUGAGACAUCUACCGAGCCAACUGAGACGAACCCUGGACCAACUGAGACCACCCCUGAGCCAACUGAGACCACCAGUGAGACCACCAGUGAGCAGACUGAGCCCACUGAGACUACUACUGAAAGCUCUACUGAGACCUCCGAAUCUGCUACUAGCUCUACGGACUCCGAGACUGUGACUGAGCCAACUGACACUGACACCGGUUCGUCCACCGCCGAGGACUCUUCUUCAAGCAGUGAUGUUGCUUCAUCAACUGGAGAUGGUUCUCUGUCUGGUUCAUCCUCAGCGUCGACUAGCAGCGGUAGCAGCAGCUCUACCGAUCAGCCAUCCAAGCCAACUGAAGAUUGCCCAGACGAAGAUGAGGACGACAAGGAUGACGAAGAUGACAAGGAUGAUGACAAGCCACCAAAGGAGGACAAGGACGACAAGGAAGAUGACUGCCCUGAGGACGAAGAUGACAAGAAGCCACCUAAGGAGGACGACAAGGACGAUGACAAGGAUGGUGACAAGGAUGACGACAAGGACUACAAAGAGGACGACUGUCCCGAGGACGAGAAGCCAAAGCCACCUAAGGAUGAUGACAAGAAACCUCCAAAGGAUGAAGAAGAUUGCCCUGAGGACGACAAGCCCAAGCCUCCAAAGGAUGAUGACAAGAAGCCACCUAAGGACGAUGACAAGAAGCCUCCUAAGGACGAUGAUAAGAAGCCACCAAAGGAGGACGACAAGAAGCCACCAAAGGAUGAUGACAAGCCACCAAAGGAUGACGACAAGAAGCCACCAAAGGACGAUGAUAAGAAGCCACCAAAGGAGGACGACAAGAAGCCACCAAAGGAUGAUGACAAGCCACCAAAGGAUGACGACAAGAAGCCACCUAAGGACGACGAGAAGCCACCUAAGGAUGAUGACAAGAAAAAGACCGAGGAUGAUCACAAGAAGCGUCCUACUAAGACUGCUCCUGAAUCGACUGCUCCUAAGUCCACCGCACCUGAUUCGACUGCUCCUAAGUCAACUGCACCUGAAUCCACUGCACCAAAGUCCACUAGACCUGUUCGUACUUCCCCAAGUACCACGGCUCCAGUCAGGACCACUCCUAUUACAACUGCUCCAAAGACCACUGCUCCUAAGCCAACUGAGCCUACCGUUACUUCUUUCGAAGGUGCUGGUGUGAAGGCUUCUGUCGGUAUUCCAACAGUCUUUGCUGUGGUUGCCGGUUUGCUCGCUUUGUAA